AUGCGGACUCUGCGUUCGGCUAGGCACGUGGGGUUCUACCAGGCCACGUUGGUGUUUGAGUUCCGGUCGGCAUCGGCGGCGGCGGACAGCCCGCCCUUCCACGUGCUGCGCUUCAUCGAGGGGAUGCACACCUCCGCCCUGACCGAGGCCCUGGCGCCCAUCGCCCCCUACACGCCACGCAGGAUCAACGCCAGCCAGCACCCCAACGCCAGGGUGGAGGACGGAGUGCGCCCAGACAGUUUUGUGGUCCAGAACCUGAAACAAGUGCUGAUUUUGGAGAGCUAUGACAUUCCCCUCUACAUCGAUGACCUGAUCUCCUACAUGACUCAGAGCAGAAGGGCCUCCAUGGGCAAGGUCUACACCCUGAAAGCGCUGCUGGAGUCUCCUUUGAGCUUUGAGAACUACACGGAACGCUUCCAGGUGCUUCUGCAGCUGGAGGAGACUCAGAUGCAGGUGGACAUCCGGACGUACGACAUGCAGGACGCUAAGAUGGACAGAGACCCCAACAACAAGAACAACAAACUGCUGGUGCUCAAGGUGCCUGGUGUUGCAGAGAACCGACCCUCUGUCCUCAGGGGUGACCACCUCCUGGUCAUCAAGUCCAAAGAGCGCCACCUAGUGCCCGUAACCCAACACAAGGGCUAUGUGCACCGUGUGGAGUGGGAUCAGGUCAAGCUGGGAUUCGGGUCAAAGCUGCUGAGGGACUUUGUGGACGGCAUGGGCUUUGAUGUGGAGUUCACUGUAAACCGGCUGCCCAUCAGGCUCCAGCACAGAGCAGUGGAGCUGGCUACGGAACACCACCUACGUGACCUGCUCUUCCCCACGGGGGCAAAGGUCGCGACCCCUGCAGAGCUGCCCAAUCUGAGGCUGCGUGACCGUAAGCUGGAGAGCAACAGUGAGCAGUACAGUGCUGUGAAGAGCAUAGUGGCCGGAGUGUCCAGACCAGCUCCUUACCUGCUGUUCGGACCACCUGGGACCGGCAAGACCGUCACCGUCGUGGAGGCCAUCAAACAGCUGUAUGAUUCUCCCUCCUGCUCCCACAUCCUGGCAUGUGCUCCGUCUAACAGCGCUGCUGAUCUGCUGUGUGAGAAGAUUCUGGAACACGCUGACCAACACCAGGUCUACCGCCUCUACGCCAGCAGCAGGGACCCUCGCUUCAUACCUCUGGCUGUCCUGGAAUGCUGUAACUUUCACGGUGAUGACAUUGUGUUUCCCUCCAAAGAGGUGUUAUUGGAGUACAAGAUCCUGGUGACCACUGUGGUGACAGCUGGACGGCUUGUAAGUGGCGGUCUACAUAAGGGCCACUUUAGUCACAUAUUUAUAGAUGAGGCUGGUCAUGCCCCUGAGCCAGAGGUCAUGAUCCCUGUGGCAGGGUUACUGGACCCUAAGUCGGGUCAGCUGGUUCUGGCUGGAGACCCUAAACAGCUGGGCCCCAUCCUCAGAUCACCCAUCGCCAAGAAACACGGCCUGGAGCUGUCUCUGCUGGAGAGGUUGAUGAAACACAACCCUCUGUACCAGAAGGAUGAGACAGGCCACUACAACAGCCGCUACGUCACCAAACUACUGCUCAACUACAGGUCCCAUAAGAGCAUCCUGAAGAUCCCUAACGAUCUGUUCUAUGGCGGAGAGCUGGUGGCCAGUGCUGGUGAGAUGUCCACCCACAUGUACUGCACCUGGGAACACCUGCCCAAGCAGAAUUUCCCACUGAUCUUCCAUGGAGUAAUAGGGAAGGAUGAGAGGGAGGCCAACAGCCCGUCCUUCUUCAACCGCUCCGAGAUCGACGUCGUCAUGGGAUACCUGAAGAAGCUGCUGCUGGAGGCCCAGGGCAAGAAGGGCGUGGCCCGCAUCUCCCCCAAAGACAUCGGCAUCAUCGCCCCCUACAGGAAACAGGUGGAAAAGAUAAGACAGGCCAUCGAGAGACACGACAAAGAGCUGAAGAAGAUUAUGGGCAUCGAGAACCUGAAGGUGGGCUCAGUAGAAGAGUUUCAGGGACAGGAGAGAAGAGUGAUUAUUGUAUCGUGUGUACGUAGCAGUGGAGAACACCUGACCUUCGACGAGAAGUUCAACAUCGGCUUCCUCAAGAAUGAGAAGAGGUUUAACGUGGCCAUGACACGAGCCAAAGCCCUGCUCAUCGUGGUAGGAAACCCCAUUAUCCUCAGAACAGACCCUAGCUGGGGCAGGUUCCUAGAGUACUGCUCGAGUGAGUCGGGCUACACAGGAUAUGACUUCAGCAGCACAGAAGGAGUAGAGCAGGUGAUGGCUCGUCUGACUGCGCUUAACAUCGGCCAGGAUACGCCAGUGGACACAGGCGAGAGUGUCGUGCAGCAGAUGUUGGAUCCUGAGUGGAGAAAUGAGCAGUAGCCUGAUUAUUCAAGCUGUGCUCACGCACACACACACACACACACACACACACACACUCACACACACACACACACACACACGGCAUACUUUUCUAAUAACAUUGCAUGCAUUCUCAGAUGAACUCAGA